CAGGAGGAAGAUGAGAUAAAGCUGCUCAGAUGGAGGCCAGUUCCAGCAGCUUCAAGAAGCUCAAGUUUGGGAAGCUGAAGGUGGUACGUCAGCGCUUGCUUCAGCGCUAUGAGCACCAGCCCUUUGUCUCCUGCCUGGCUGGUUUCUACACCUGCCAGUGGAAGCGGUACCAGCGCAGGAGGGCCGAGCCUGGGAAAUGCUGCUGCAAGAUGCGGGAAUGCAUGUUUUUCCCAUUGCUUGUUGGAGCUUUCUUUUUUUCUCUGGUCUUUCUGUACAUGUGUGGGGAAGCGAAAAAUGACUACAAUAACUUUGACUGGUAUAACUAUGAGACCCUGGGCUUCUGGUUCCUCUGGUCUCUGGUUCUCCUGAGUGUGGCUGCACUCUUGUUCACGUACAUCACGCUGUUAUUGGUCCUGGCUCUAUGUUUGCUUGCAGAAGGCCAGCAGCUCUACCUACACUGGAGUCACAAGAUUGGGACUUUAAUUGUGCUGAGCUGCUCUGUAACAGCCCUCUUUGUGUUAUCGGUACUCUGGGGAGAUCAGUGGAAAACUGUCCGCCUGUCGCUCCAGAUCACAGCUCCCUACCUCCACGUAGGAGCAAUAGCCAUCAUGGUCCUCCUGUCCUGGCCUGUGGCUUUUCAUGCCAUCAGAGCAGAUAAGAAAGUUAUUCAGGUGAUAAUUGUUGGUCCAUACCUGGCUAUCCUUCUCUUUCUUUUCUUGAUACCUCUGGGGAUGUACUCUCCUUGCAUCAGACAGAUGGGGACACUUGGACCAAAGCCAGACCUCAUUGGACACCGUGGAGCACCAAUGCUGGCACCAGAAAACACCAAGAUGUCAUUUCAGAAGACAAUUGAACAUGGUGGGGCAGGUCUUGAAACAGAUGUCACCAUUAGCUAUGACGGGGUUCCUUUCCUCAUGCAUGACAAAACCUUGAGGAGAACAACGAACAUCAAGGAGGUCUACCCCAAUGACGUUACCAAAAAUGCUGCGUUUUUCUCUUGGGAUACCUUGCAGAAGUUGAAUGCUGGAAAGUGGUUCCUUAAGGACAAACCAUUUUUAUCCAUCCGCUUACUGUCAAAGGCAGACCAAAGCUGGGCAAUGAAUCAGACAAUUUACAAACUAAGUGAUUUCUUGCGCCUCGCCGAGAGUCACAAUAAAUACGUGAUAUUUGACCUCUACCGCCCUCCAGAUAAUCAUCCUUACAGGGACUCAUGGGUCAACAGAACGCUGGAAGUCAUCUUCGAGUCAGGGAUUAGGCCCCAUCUGGUCCUAUGGCUGGAGAACAGCAUGAGGUCCUUUGUUCACUCUGUUGCUCCUGGGUUUCAGCAGACAAGGGGCAGAAAGGCCCCAGUCGAAGACCUAUUGAUGAGCAAUAUUGUCAAACUCAAUCUGGCCUACAAUGAAAUGUCCAGUGAAGAUAUCCGGAAAUAUGCUGAAGCAAACAUCACCACCAACUUCUAUGUGAUCAGUGAGCCAUGGCUCUUCUCCCUGGCGUGGUGCUCUGGAGCACACUCUGUGACCACCAAUGCCGUCCAUAUACUGAAGAAUCUCAACCAGCCACUUUUCCUCAUGACUCCGAAGCAGUACAACAUCAUGUGGAUCCUCACAGAUCUGACCUCUAUGCUCCUCAUCUCACUCAUCUUUACUCUGCACUGGUGGCGAGAGCGGAGUUUCUCCUGCUGUGCCAAAGACGAAGACCCGAUGCUGGAGAAUGGCACCUACAACAAGUUCAAGACAGAGCUCAACAACAUGCCUAAUGUUGCGGUCUGA